AUGGUAAUGCACGGCAUAAAAGUGAAACUGCCCGCCCUCGCCAUAGUAGUCGUUGUGACGACUUUCAUCGCCCUCUCUUCUGCGCAGCCUAUCUCCUCGAUCGUCGAAGGCAGAGAUGGAGAUAAAAGCCAUACGCCCAGCCACAGAGUUGCAACCGGAAUAUAUGGAUUAGACUCCGGAUUGAUGCGCGGCGCUGCAUGGAAGUUGAAGAUGAAAGCACGACACGUUGGUGAGGGCUUGACAGAGGGUGCGAAUACCGGCGAUAUGGGAGAUGCAGGCAUAGGAGGAACCGACCACGCAGGUCCAUUCAUAGUGGAGCCCAUCGAUAACGAUAUAAUCCAAGGGCAUCCUCAAAGCAGGAUCGGAAAGGGAGACUCGCAAGGCGUGGUUAACGCCCCCCUCCAAGUCGCUCAUUUACCGAAGCACGGAUUCCGAACGGGUUUGGUGAUACCUCCCUUCGAUCCUAACGGUGACCCUGACGCCGCUCCGCCGAAGUCGAAGGGUGGACCCGUGGGUGGCGAUGAUACGAGUGAGGUAAGGGUGAAACUAGGAGCUAGUAAUGGAAUGAAGGCGAAGCUCCUCUUCCACGGAAGCACGCUGGACGACACGGUGGCUGGGCUGAGGUUACAUGUCGGAAGUGUCGGUGUAGGAAAGGCAAGGGAGACGGAAGAGGCACAUACGGGCGGAGACGAGAAAAAGGACCCGCGUUGA